AUGGAGAAAACUGCUUAUCGUGCUGUCAUAAAGUACCUUCAUUUGAAAGGCAUGACUCCAUCAGAAAUCCAAGAAGAUAUGCGUGGCAGGGAGAGUGUGGAAGAUGAUCCCAGACCAAGGACACCUCCAACGGCAAACAUCAAGGACAACCUUGACCUUGCUCUUGGUAUGAUGAUGCAAGAUCGCCGAAUAUCAUAUCAUCAGAUUGCCGAGAGAAUGGGCAUCUCAAUUGAAAGAGCAGUCAACAUUGUGACAAAAGAACUUGGGUUCUCAAAGGUUUCCGCAUGGUGGGUCCCUCGAUGA